AGGCGGUACAUCUUGUAAGGCUGGAGUCAACCUAUCAACCCAAGUCCGAGGAUUAAUGGGGGGGAAUGUCGGUCUGGGUAUUUUGUUAUCGGUAGUGGAUUUAGACAAGGCUUCGGAACCGGGGUCGGGAAAGGAAGGGAAUAGUAUUUUGAAUAGUGGGCACUCGAAUUAAUUCGGGUUAUUGAUCUCGGGGAGGAUUAAAAAAAAUAAAUAAAACGUAGAUCCGAGGGGGAACCGCGGUGGUGGCUACGAGAAGGUACAGGUGAGGAAAGAAGAUCCGAACCGGGUUCGGCGUGCUGGACUGGGUCCGGGGGUGUCGGAAGCUUAACAUAAGCGUAGGAAUAGGCGAGCUUCCCCCACCAACGUCCCACUGGUAGCAGAUAUACGCGCUCGCGAGAUCGCAACUGCUUUUUCCCCUCCUCCUCCUAAGGGAGCAACGAAAGAAGUGCACGGGAGUUAUUAAGGCGAAUAUAUGCAUUUUAGCUCGCAUACUAGCUAGCUAGCUACAUAACUAGCUAGUCGACUGUACCAUCAGGUCCAGGCAGCCCAGACCCGUCCUGGAAAGGAUCGUGAAGAGAACAGCCGGGAUCGCCGAGUCAAGGGAUUCCCUGCUCGGCCUGCAAUCAUGGGCAACGCGCCCACCGCCAAGAAGGGCAGCGAGAUGGAAAGCGGAAAUCGGUUGAGAAAGGAAGUGUGGAUGGACCGUGUUUAUCGAGAAGGUUCUGUGUAUGGACCGGCGGAUCUGGGAUUGCCCAUAAACUCUCUGCGGACCUGCGGAGUGAAGGAGUUUCUCGCAAAAGCCAAAGAAGAUUUUCUUAAGAAAUGGGAGAACCCAGCACAGAACACAGCUUCGCUGGACCAGUUCGAGCGGCUAAAGACGCUAGGCACGGGGUCGUUCGGACGAGUCAUGCUGGUGAAGCACAAAGAGUCGGGUCAGCAUUAUGCCAUGAAGAUCCUAGACAAACAGAAGGUGGUGAAGCUGAAGCAGAUUGAGCACACUCUCAACGAGAAGCGCAUCCUGCAAGCCGUCAGUUUCCCUUUCCUUGUACGAGUGGAGCACUCCUUUAAGGACAACAGUAACCUGUAUAUGGUGAUGGAGUAUGUACCAGGAGGUGAGAUGUUCUCUCACUUGAGAAGGAUCGGCAGGUUUAGCGAGCCACACGCCCGAUUCUACGCCGCCCAGAUCGUGCUCACGUUCGAGUAUUUGCACUCACUGGACCUCAUCUACAGAGACCUGAAGCCAGAGAACCUGCUCAUCGAUCAGCAGGGCUACAUACAGGUAACAGAUUUUGGAUUUGCCAAGAGAGUAAAAGGCAGGACCUGGACACUCUGCGGCACUCCAGAGUACCUGGCUCCUGAAAUUAUCCUCAGCAAGGGGUAUAACAAAGCGGUGGACUGGUGGGCCCUGGGAGUGCUGAUCUACGAGAUGGCUGCUGGAUAUCCUCCGUUCUUCGCUGACCAGCCCAUCCAGAUCUACGAGAAGAUCGUCUCAGGGAAGGUUCGCUUCCCCUCGCACUUCAGCUCCGACCUGAAGGACCUCUUGAGAAACCUACUCCAGGUAGACCUCACCAAGCGCUUCGGGAACCUCAAGAACGGCGUCAACGACAUCAAGGGCCAUAAGUGGUUCGCCACAACGGACUGGAUCGCCAUCUAUCAGAGGAAGGUUGAGGCACCGUUUAUACCCAAAUGCAAAGGCCCAGGUGACACCAGCAACUUCGAUGACUAUGAAGAAGAGGAGAUCCGAGUGUCCUUCACGGAGAAGUGUGCAAAGGAGUUUGCAGAGUUCUAGACCCAACUAACAGUAACCCAAGGAGAAAGGGGAUGGAUAUAUAAAUAUAUAUAUAUAAAAUAUAUAUAUGGGAGACGGUUUUUUUUUUGGGGUGGGGUGGGGUAAGUUGAUACACUAGGCUGCCAAUCUCCAUCCACCAACAGCCCAAACUCCUGUGUGGAGAGCUGCUGAUAAUUGGAAGAGAUUGAAGACCACAGACAUCCAGCAGUGUUGUAUUUUCCGUUUCUCACUUUUUUUUUUUUUUUUUUUAUAACAUUCUUUCUUCACAGUGGUCAGUGAGUAGGGAGAAGGGUUUGAAGAAUAGGACUAAGGUCUAACUUAACUUGGUUCCUUUUUUUAUCUGUCAUUGCUGGGAACAUGGCUGCAGAUUUUAAAUCACGACAUGAUUCAUUUUCUGGUAUUGUCGAUGUCUCCCUUAGACUCUUCCUCGGGUGGAGCUUUGCCAAACAAGGGUUGAUUAAUCUCUGUUGUUUCUGAAAGUCUUUGCCUCCCCUCCCCCCUCCUCCCCCUGGCGUCCCUUGUUUCUUGCCGAGUGACCACGUGUGAUUGGUCGAAAGAAGGCUUAACGAUCCCACGGUCUUAAUGCCAAGGAUCUGCCAGGCCACUUUUAGGAGAGCAUGCGGGGCGCCGUGAAUGACACGCCCGUGGGUCCAGAACCGGCUCCUGCGUCUUCCGUUCGCUGCUCGCUGGUUUUCAGGAUGACGUCUGCGAUAGCUUAUACUCGGUGGACAUACGUCUCCUUAUUAAUCGAUCGACUCAAUUUUAUGUUUAAUGCUUAAAUCCCCGACAUAUUGCGGGUUUCCUCACAUCCCCUAUUAAACUUUGUAAUUGACCGGAGGUUACCUGACCAAGAAUUAACUUGACUAGAUGUUCUUCCUAUAGCCGAUCCGUGCGUGCCGGUCUGUCUGCAUAACACCAUACUGUGUCAGACGUUCUGCGUGGCCUCUCGGCAGAGGGAGGUAUGAUUUAGAAAAUGAAAUGAUCCGCUGGCAGAAGCCACUGUAUAGUCGACAAUUUAUAGGUGUGGCGCGCUGAAAGCACGUGACCCCUCCCCCCCUCGACUGCGUGCGUCAUUCCAUCCACCUGGAGACGGCUUCUGCACUUAAACUGCUCGACGACGUUGUUAAAACAUGUUCACUGAACUAUAAAGUAUUUGGAGCCCGAUAAGCAGACUAAGUCCUUUUGUGGAUUUAGUAUAACCUAAUCAUGCUUAAUAUUUUAAGGUUGAAUAUGGAAGGUUUCGUGAAAUGCUCCCCCGCUUUCGUUUUAAUUGCUUUAAAUGUAUGGUUUUGCAAAGGAUAUAAGUUAGUCGUGGUUCUGUGGUGAGACUGUCGUAUGGGUGAAGCUGCAGAGGCUCGUGCACCGUGUGGUUAAGUUUAGGGAUGGGGCAGGGUAACCGACGCUCGCUCUCGCGUAGCCAAAACCGUUAUCGCGUGCGCGCAGUGUCUCCGGCUCUGCGUUCGUACUCGGUUCCCACCGAGAUGGCAUUUUUCUUUUCUUUUUUUUUGCAGCCAAGAUUAAGGGUCGUCCGAUAUUACCUACAGCCUAACGCUAUGAACACUAGCAGGUUGUCACGUAUUAAUUCCACUACACUUUUUUGAAUAAUUUUUUCGUAGCUUUUUUGUUUUGUUUUUGUAAAAAUGUCUCUGCGGUAAAAUUUUGCGAUGUUUUACCGCGCGGGGCUUCCCCCUCCCUUCUCCGUUUGCCUGUGAUGCUCAAGAUAGCAGAAUUUGCUGCUGAUCUUUUUAGUGAUCAGGUUUAAGUGGUGGGGGGAGAAUUCCGUGCCAGGAAACCCCCAUUCCUUGUAGACACGCUAAUGAAUGACAUCGGAAAUCCAGUUCAUUUUUAUUUAUGAUUUCUGUCUUGUACGUCCAUCUAGCCACACCCCCUUCACUACCACCUCCUUCGUGGGUCUGGUUUGCCUCCGAUUCCUAACACUUCUUACAAAUUUUACUUUUUAAAAUAAGUUAUUAUACCGUUCAUAUUUUCUAAAUGUAUUUUCAGUAACAUGAACCUGUUCUCCCAAUGGUGGAGCCUGUCAUACCUUUCUGGAUACUAUAUUGUAUACUGUAACUCUGCCUUUGACAGUCUUAAAUAUUUUCCCUCUUCCGUACAACUUGGCGGAGACCCGUAGGACAGAAGUACGUCAGAGAAAAAAAAGUAAUAUUUUACAUCAUGUAUCAUUCCAAUAAAGUUUUACUUGUUAAAAUUAA